CUUUGGUUCCAAGUCCAAAAACGGGCCGGCACGACCCAAUAUUGCUGCGUUCCCGCGUUAAAUUCGCCGGUCACCCUCUCACCGCCCACCGUACGGACUUCACCGUUAUAACCGGUUACCCUGUCGACGCCGAUGAUUCACUGUCAAGAUCACACAUUUCAACAUCGAGAUCGUUAGCGGAGAGCUCCACCUCCAACACAAAAUCUCACGCGCCACCGCACGAAUCCACCGUUUCAUAAAGAACAAAUCUGAAUUGGAUUUGAAUCCUGCUUUCUAGGUCACGAAUUUUAAUGGACCAGCGAAACGGUGGAGAAGAAAAGAAAGUAGAAGCCACGUCGGCGAAGGCGGAUGCGGAGCCGUUGCCGGAGCCGAAGAGCUCGGGUCUGGAGGCGGAUCCGGGACAGAAUCCGGAUCCCGUCGCUGACUUAGGGCCGCAGCCGGAGAAUUCGAGCGAUGCGAAUGAGAACCAUAGCGAGAUUGGGAGUGGAAAAUCGGCGAACGCGGUGAAUAGAUCGAAGAAGUCCGUGAGGUGGAGCCAGGAAUUGGUGUCGGAGUCGCCGAUACCGCAGACGAUGCCUUCCGAUGAACAGGGAUCCAAUCCUUAUGGCGGUUAUUCUUCUGCCUCUGCCAAUAACAAUUCUUCUUCCUCCAAUUUCAAAGAUACAAUGGAGACUGUUAAAGAUGUCCUAGGGAGAUGGAGGAAGAAGGUAGGAGAAGCAACAAAGAAGGCUGAGGAUUUAGCGGAAAACACUUGGCAGCACUUGAAAACGGGGCCAAGUUUCACUGAUGCUGCUUUGGGAAGAAUUGCACAGGGGACAAAAGUUCUUGCUGAAGGUGGCUAUGAAAAGAUAUUUCGCCAAACAUUUGAGACAGUGCCCGAAGAGCAACUUCAAGAUUCAUUUGCUUGUUACUUAUCAACAUCAGCUGGUCCAGUUAUGGGGGUUUUAUACGUCUCUACUGCAAAGCUUGCAUUUUGCAGUGAUAGUCCUCUUUCAUACAAAGUUGGUGACAAGACUGAAUGGAGCUAUUAUAAGGUAGUUAUCCCAUUACAUCAGCUAAAAGCAGUUAACCCUUCAACUAGCAGAUCGAAUCCUGCUGAAAAAUAUAUCCAGGUCAUAUCCGUUGAUACCCAUGAAUUUUGGUUCAUGGGCUUUCUUAACUACAAUGGGUCAGUGCAGUGCCUGCAAGACGCUUUAGAUGCACACAACAUGCAUUCUGUGUGAACCAGCCGGCCUACAACAACUUUGGUACAAAACAUGCUUCGCUGUCUGAAAGAAGUGAAAUUUUGCCAACCUGCAUAUCGUGCCUGACCAAAUAUGUUGGUUAUAACAUUUGUGGAAGGAAGAAUCAUUCUUGUCUUUCUAAAACGGAAUUAUCUGAUAUCAGAGAAGUACAGUUGGAUUCUAUAUAAUUUAUCUGAACCAAUAGCUGCAUUAGUAAGGCAUUACUGUGUUUCCUUAGAACAAUACAAUGGGCAUUUUCCUCAUAUUUUGUCCAUAUUGCUCAACACUUUUGGUCUUCCCCCUUGCCCCUGUUGUGAAGUCUUCUUUGGUUUCCCAAUCAGCAAUUCACUUCUUUUUGUCAUUUUAGGCUC